UUGUGUUGGUCCCUUUAUACUUGCCCUUCCAUCCCCCUUUUUAAAUUUUCUUCAUCUAAAGAUUUUAUUCAACCUCGUAGCUCCCAAGCUCGCCAACGCCUUCGAAACAAACAACGAUUAAAGAGGAGAGACCAUGACAGAUCAGCUUACGGACGACCAGAUCUCUGAGUUCAAGGAGGCCUUUAGCCUCUUUGACAAGGAUGGAGAUGGUUGCAUUACUACCAAGGAGUUGGGGACUGUGAUGAGAUCACUUGGACAGAAUCCUACCGAGGCGGAACUUCAAGAUAUGAUUAAUGAAGUUGAUGCUGAUGGAAAUGGGACCAUUGAUUUUCCCGAAUUCCUUAACCUGAUGGCAAGGAAGAUGAAGGAUACUGAUUCUGAGGAGGAGCUUAAAGAAGCUUUCAGGGUGUUUGACAAGGACCAGAAUGGUUUCAUAUCUGCUGCUGAGCUUCGCCAUGUAAUGACAAAUCUCGGUGAGAAGCUUACAGACGAGGAAGUUGAUGAGAUGAUUCGUGAAGCUGACGUUGACGGUGAUGGACAGAUCAACUAUGAAGAGUUCGUCAAAGUUAUGAUGGCCAAGUAAGACCUCUCCAAUCAUAACCAAGAUCCAAUAAUGGGUAAAAAAAGGGAUCAGGGCAGAUAAGUCUGCUAAGAUUUCUCUUUAUAACUAUAGGACAUCUAUGUUUCCUGUCACUUAGCUUUUGUUGCUUUGCUGUCUGUUUCUUUGUUUGCAUUAUUUCAUGGACUGUACCAUAUAUCCUACUUGUUUGCUCUUGUGUUA